AUGGGGUUACCGCAGAGCUCGUUUUUGUCGGACGGAGGAAGUAACUGUGGAUAUCACGUCCACGGGGUUCAAGAAAACUCACCUGCACUGAAAGCUGGUCUGGAGCCUUUCUUUGACUUCAUUCUGUCUAUAGGAAACACCAGACUUAGUAAAGAAAGUGAUUUGCUGAGGGACCUCCUGAAAGCCAAUGUGGAGAAAGCAGUCAGACUUGAAGUUUACAACUCAAAAACGCAGCGCGUGAGGGAGCUGGAGGUGACACCCAGCAACAUGUGGGGGGGUCAGGGUUUGCUGGGUGCUAGCGUCCGAUUUUGCAGCUUUGAAGGAGCCAAUGAGAACGUCUGGCACGUCUUGGACGUGGAAUCAAACUCUCCUGCAGCACUGGCUGGCCUCAUUGCUUAUGAUGACUUUAUUGUUGGAGCUAAUCAGGUGUUACUAGAUUCAGAAGAUUUCUUCUCUUUAAUUGAAGCCAAUGAGGGGAAAGCUUUGAAGCUCCUGGUUUAUAACACACAGACCGACCAGUGCAGGGAGGUGGUGGUGAAUCCAAAUGGAGCGUGGGGAGGAGAAGGAAGCUUAGGUUGUGGGAUCGGCUACGGCUAUUUGCACAGAAUUCCAGCUCAUCCUGUUCAACCUAACGUCCAGAACAACAGUGUUCCUCCGGUCCCAGGCAGUGAAGAGAUUGCUUCAUUAGAGCAUGUACAGGCGACAUCUUUGGUUGAAAGCAGCCCAUCGAAUGAAGCUGGUUUGAGUCAAAUUGAAGGAGUUGUGCCAGAUUUGAGCCUGAAUGUACCCACACACAUUGAUAUUUCCAACACACCUGAAGCCGUACCUUCAGAUUUGACUGAAGUCGAUUCCACCAGUGAUGAAGGUCACAGCUCUGUGGUUGCUAAUUAUGGAGAUGAUACUGGUGAUCAGUGUAGCUUGGAUAAUUCAGCUUUUGAUCAAAGACCGUCGUCACCAGAGAGAGAAAAUGACCCGAGCCCUCAGCACACAGAGCAGGAUUCUGGUUUAAACCUGACCAGCAGCACUUCUCUCUCCACCGAGGCUGCAGACGGGUCUGCUGGCCUCAGAGUUACAACGGAGACUUCGAAAAGCAUCCCAGAGCUUCAGGAUCCUAAUAACUCUGCACCCUCUGUCUCAGGCUGUGCUUCAGAGGAGGAGAAGCUGGAGGCUGAAGCAGCAGACUCCUAAGAGAAGACAUCACACCGACUCUUGUUAGUGAAUAUUAACCAAACAUUAUGA